UUACAGUUGUCACAAUAGCUUGUCCUCAUUGACAGCACAAAAGGGAUAGACAGAACAGAAAGUAGUUUCAUUCUGGAGGUAAGGUAGUACAUUAUAGAAGUGGGCCAAAAUGUAGGAAAAAGAUGUUGUACAGAAAGAGCCCUAGCCUACCCUAGGGCUCCGUGAAUGUACAGGCUGUCAGCUUGGGUAUCUGUGGCUGAGUUUAGCUUCCUGCUAAAUACUGAGAUUGGAGAAGACCAGGCAGCCUCCAGAAUAUUUGUUCUCCUAAAGGUGCUGAAAAGGAACCUCCCACAGGCCUUGACUCUCAGGUCAUGAGGCCCUGGGCAAGAGAUUCACUGAUCCUCUCUAGGUCUGGUUCAGAUUGUCUGUGAAAUAAAGAUAAUGUGCUCUGUCCUACCUGGGUCCCAGAGUUGUUGUAAAAUCAAGAUACAAUUUCCUUCCUUUCUUUUUGAGACAGGUUCUUACUAUGGAGUUUAGGCUGGUCUGUAACUCACUAUGUAGCCCAGGCUGACCUAAAACUCAAGGUGAUCCUCCUACCUAGUCUCCUGAGUACUGAGAUUACAGAUGAAUGCCACUACGUUCAGCUAAUUAUUAUUUUUUAACUAGUCUCUUGAAUACAUAUUUUACAAAAUUCCUUCUUUUUUCAUUGUUUUAAUACUACAGUUUGAGAUAUCAUUGCCUUGUGAUCUGAUUUAAUACGUUAUACUAAGAUAGUGUCUCUUUUUCAGAUAUUCUUUUAAGUCAUCGCUCAUCAAUUCUUUAAGAUUUUAACUUUUUAAAUCUUUUGAUAAUACACCUUUGGAAGCCAGUCAUGGCAGCACAUGCCUAUAACCCCAGUACUCAGGAGCUGAGGCAGGAGGACUUUCAGAACAGGUUUAAUGUCUUUUAUCUUCCUCUCAAAAGCACCACAGGUCUCUUUAAGUUAAGUUUAUGUUUCUUAGUGAAGUAUAGUUUGGGUUACUGAUCGGUGCAUAGACUUUGGAGAGAUUUCACUUGGAAUUCUGGCCUCCUACCACCUCUAGCUCUGUGAUCUUAAGCAUCUGCCUUUACUACUCUGGACUUCAAUUUUGUAUUCCUACAAACUGGGAUGAUAAUCAUACCAACUUCACCAUCAGGGUGUCAUUUUAAUUAAAUAAACUACAGGAAAAUGUUCGGGCCUGUGGUAGGUACUCAGGAAACGUUGAUUCUCUGCCCCCUAGCCUUAUGUAGAUCAUAGUCAAGAUGAGAUGGCAGGUGUGAGAACACCUAGGAGUAGCUAAGUGAUGGACCAUUUCCAAGGGCCUUGUCUGCUGAAUGCCCACAGAGGAAUAUCAUUGUUCAGAGUAUAGACUUUGCAGUCAGGCCUAAGCUUACAUCCUGGCUGUGCCUUUACUUCCGUUCUUUGGGCAAGUUACCUAACCUCUCCAAGCCUCACUUUCUCCUUUGUAAAGUAGUAUAAUGCUUUUUCCUUGAAGUAGUGUUAUGUGGCUUAAAAAUGCUAAUGUACACAUAAGGCUCCUAGCAUCAGUUUUAUUACACAGUAAGUACUUACUAUUAGCUGUUCCCCUUAUGAGGCCUACAGGAACUGAGGGUGCCAGGGGUAAUCAAAGUAGGACUCUCCAGAACAGUAUCUUGGCUGUCUUUCCUGUAGGACAUCUCCUCUCAAAGGUUUCUAUUUUCUGUGUCACAAUUAGAGUUUGCAAACGGUGAUUUUCAGGCUGUAGAUUGAAAAUGCCCCUUCGUACCUUCUCAUUGGAGCCACAACUCCAGACACAGGCCCCUUGGUCUCCUGCCCAGUCAGGUGGUCUGAGGAACCCUGUGCUAUAAUCUCCUGAUUUGACACCUGUGGCUUUUGUCAGGGAAGCCGAUGGAGUUGAUCUUUUUCCUGCUUCUUUUCAAGUGAGAGACAGACUGGAGCUGUAGAUUUACCUCUUGGAAAGUCUCCUACUUUAGAAAAAAUUAUUUAUUCUUUUAACUUCUGCUUCCUGGUUCAGUUUACAUUCCCAUUUACCUUUUCCAAUCUGGCUUUUUAAAACCUGUCUUUUUGCGUUUUACUGCUUAAUCAUUUAGACAUCAUGAGUCGCUGUUGAAAUACAAAUAUUUAGAAUUCUUAGUGGUGUUACCCAGUGUCAGCUAUAGAUGACUCUAGCCCAGGCUGGGAUCCUGUCCUCCUGUUCUCCAAUAGUGACCUCAAUAGUCUGAACAGAGAAUAAAGGGUGUAUGCAUCUCUUACAUUUCACCCUGGGGUCCUGUGGUGCAAUGGGAAAGGAGCAGAGGUGUUGGACUCAACACCCAGGCCCAGCCCAGCUCCUCCACUCACUUGGUAUGUGACCUUGAACAGUUGUCUACCUUUUCUGAGCCUCAGUUUCCUCUUCCGCAGAAUGGAGGGGAUAAUAGUAUUAUAGGGGAGGAAGGAAAAUGGCUUCCUUAUACCAGGUUAUUUGGGCUAAAAAUUAAACAGAUUCAAAGAGAAGCCCAUUUUAAUUACUUAAGUACACACUCAAAUGUCCCACAGGUAUAAGACUCAAAGAAAGGCCAAGAUGAUUGAGUUUUACACAGCAGUGAGCAAUAGGAAGAGGAUUUGGGCAGGUGCUGGGGUGGUGGGAGGGUAAGGGGAGAAAAUGUGUUAGACUAAAUGAGGUCGUAUACAGAUAAAUCCCUCACGUCAUAAAAGUGGUCUCAAAGUAGCUCUCUUCUUGGUACAGAUACCUUUACUAAGGAAAGUUUCCUUUAUAUAAAAAGAUGGACAGGGCAGCUUUUCAGAACUGUUCCUGGGUCUGCAGUUUCUCAAAAUAACCAGCUCAAAAUAAGCAGUAGGCUCAAGAGGUCUCUUUUUUGGUCUCUUGCAAAUGUUUUUGGUUGGUAUAUCCUACACUCCAACAGUACACUUCUCAAAGUGUGGUUGUGAAGACAUUGAGACAAUCCAUGGAAAGCAUUUAGCACAACAGAAUCAUUGCCUGUACUUUUUCAUACAUUUUUAUUAAAAGUACGCUAGUGAUUUUUAGCUCAGUGGUAGUGAGUUUGUCUAGCAAGCAUGAGGUCCUAGGUUUGAUCACCAACACUGAAAUAAAUAAUCUGAGUAGAGCCUAUUGGUAGAAAGACUAAUGGUAGAGAGUGUGACUGCAUGAGGUCCUGAGUUCAAUCUCCAGCACCAAAAUUUAAAAAUAGAAUGCUAAGGGGUAUUAUUUGAUGCUCAGCGGAUGGUAGCUUUUGUCUUGCCAAAGACUGCAGAACAGUAUUUGAAGGCUAAUUCAGGAAGUCUUGAACUUUUUGAGGCUGUGCUAGCUUUGUAAGUUUCCUCAUCUGCUAGGUAAGAGAAAGUGAUAGCAUCCAUUUUAAGAAUUUAAAGAACUGUUACAGUCUUCAUGCUUUUUAACUAGUUUUAAUGCUUACCAUCAAAUCUUUCAUACAGUUGCCUCCCUACUCCAUAGUUAUUUUAAAUUCAUGUUCUCUGUUGGUUACAGUAAAUAAUUCAGCAAAUUUUUCAGGGAAGAUUCUUGGUCGAUAAACUUUCUUAACCCCUGGAUAUCUGAGAAUGUCUUCCAAUUGCCUUCAUAUGAAAUAAUAAGUUAGCAGGGUAUAUAAUUCUUGGUUCAAAAUUAUUUUCUCUUAAAACCCUAUAGAUAUUGUUGCAUUGUCUUCUAGUAUCUAGAACUGCAAGAGAAAAAUCUGAGGUAAUCUUGAAUUUUGCCCCUUACAGGUAACCUACUUUCUCUGCCUGGAUACUUGUGAAAGUUUUUAUCACCAAAAUAUAAAAAAGUCUUCAUGGCAUUCAAAUAUAAGUUCAGUGGGUAGUAGUUUUGCUGCUAUAAACUGAUAUAGGUACAUAUAUUUUUUUAAAUGCACACUUAAAAUCAGUGUAUUUUUGUGCUUAAAGUUGAGUCAUUCUUCAGUUAAAAAGAAUACAUGUAGCAAAAACAAACUGAUGAGUAUAAAGGCCUCAACUGUAGUAAAGGGCUAAAGAGAUACUCAUUCCCUUCUCAACUUUUUUUUUUUUUUUUGCACUAUGGGGAUGGAACCCGUGGUCUCACACAUGCUAGGCAAGUGCUCUACCAUUGAGCUACACCCUCAGCCCCCAAAAUUAACCAGCACCUAAUGUGUAGAGCUUCCCCCCCCCCACAUCUACUAACUCUCUGACACUGUCCUUUUGGAUUUAGCGCGGAACCCACUAGCUCAGUCCCACAAGACUGCUGCCACUUCAGACACCAAGUCUAGGAUGUCCCCUGUGCUUCUGGCCAGCCGGCUGUAAAUCUGAGGUUCCUGGUAGUCCCUCCUUAGGCUCAGUGAUUAACAGAAAUGGCCUCACAGAACUCAGGAAGACAGUUUGCUCAUUAGAUUACUGAUUGAUUAUGAUGCAACUCAGAACACCUGGAUGGAGGAACUGCAUAAGGCAAGGUGCGUGGAAAGGGGUGCACUGCUUUCAUGCCUCUGGGUGCAGCACCCUCCCGAUACCUCCAUGUGUUUACCAGUUUGGAAGUUCUCCAAAGCCUCUCUUUUUGGCUUUUUUUUUUUUGGUACUAGGGAUCAAACUCAGGACCUUGCGCUUGUGAGGCAGGCAGCAGAACCACUGAGCUAAAUACUGGGCCCUCUUUUUGGCUUUUUAUGGAGACUUCAUUGUAUAGAUGCCAUUGAUUGAAUCAGAUAAUAGUGAUUAAGUCAAUCUGCAAUCCUUUUCCCUCCCUGGAGGUGAGGAGUGAAAGUUCCAACCCUCUAAUCCCCUCUGGCAACCAGGCCCUAGCUUUAAGAGCUUUCCAAGUCAUCUCUAACAAACUCAGCUGUGACAGCAUUUGUUACAAAUAACAAAAGAUGCUCCUUUCACCUUUAUUUCUGGAACUGGGGACAAAAACCAAUUAUUAGGGCCCAGGAUAUAGCUCAGCGGCAUAGAACCUGCAUGGAAAAUUCGAGGCCGAGUUUGAUUCCCCAUACAAAACAAAAAUAGUUAUUAACAAAAGAAGUUUCUGUGGCUUUUAUCACUUGUGAAAAUACAAGGGCCAGGGAUUUAGCUCCAUGGCGCUGCACCUGCCUUGCAAACUCCAGGUCCUGAGUUCAAUCCCCAGUUCAAAAAAAAAAAAAAAGAAUUUUAGGAACCCUGGCUGAAAGCUGGAAACAAAGACCAGAAUGUAUGUAGUAUUUAUUAAUUAUAUCACAGUAGCACAUAGCCCCUUCUUGAAGUGCCACCAGCACCCACUGUGCGUACAGUGAAUGUGUACACAUGAGACAUAUCAGUUUAGCAAGACUCUGUCUUAAAAUACAAAACUAAAAAGGUCUGGAGAUGUAGUUCAAGCAUGAAGGCCCUGAGUUCAUUCCCCAGUAUGGAAGUAGGGGGCCAAGGUUUCUCUAACCCUUAUCUUUCUCUUACCCCCUCCCCUUUUUUCCACUGAAGGGCGGGGAGGGGCUUUUUGAAAAUCCUUCAUCUGACUAAAAACAGGAGGAAUUAUCAUGCAUCCCUACCCAAAAAUCGCAGCAACCAGGGAAGAUUAACUGAAUCACUGAAGAGAGUAAAGGAUACCACACUCGGACAUUAUCAUGGGGCUGCUCCUAGACAACUUUUUUUUUUUCUUUUUGGUACCAGGGAUCAAACUCUGGACCUUGCACUUGUGAGGCAGGCACCGGAACCACUGAGCUAAAUCCCUGGCCCAAGACAACUUUUAUUACCAGAGUUUUUAUCUGCAUAACAAUACAACCUUUAUUCUUCAUCUAAUUCUCUUCCCCAACUUGGGAGGCCACUCCUCCACCAGAAGACCAAAGCCCAUAUUUUCUAUUGCUCAGAGUGCUAUAAAGAAUUCAGUCAUCUGACCCUUCUUCCCAUCUCCUAUUUUGUGGGACUCUUGUGCAUAUGCUCAUAAUUGAAAUGGUUUUUUCUCUUGUUAGUCUACUGUCACAUUUUUUCAUAGACUCAAUCAUCUAGCAUUGAGGGUAGAAUAUUUCUUUUCUCCUGUACAAUCACAGCCCACAGUGUGAAGAUACACUUUUAAUCAUGAUCCAGUUCACACACAUACAUACACGCAACUAAAACAAGUUUCACAGCAAUAUAUCACAACUCACUGUUGAUUUCAUGGCUCAAUAAGUCACAACCUUCAUUUUUCUCCAGUUUAUGGAGAAAAAAUUUACAUACAGUAGAUCUCAUCCUUCUUAGAUAUGUAUGAACUUUGGCAAUCGUUAUAGUCAUUUAAUCACCAUUACAUCAAAAUAUGCAAUAUUUCCGUCACUCCAAAAUAUUUCCUUGGGAAUCUUUGUAGCCAGUAUAUUCUCCUCAAUCCAGCUCCUUUUGCCUUUUCCAGAAUAUUAUAUGAGCAGAAUCAUGUAAUGUGAAAAUUUCUGAGGUGGCUUCUUUCACUUAAGGUAAUGCUUUUGAAAUUCAUCUAUGUGGUGAAUGUAUACAUUUAUGUAAUACAUAAUAUACAAUAUAUAAUAUUUUGCUCAGUCAUAUUCUCUUGUAUGAAUAUACCUCAAUUUAUCUAUGUACAUUUUAGUUUCCAGGUUGAACAAUUAUCAAUAAAACUGCUAUAAACAUUCACAUAGAGGGCUGGGGAUUUAGCUCAGUGGUUCCAGUGCCUGCCUCACAAGCACAAGGUCCCGAGUUUGAUCCCUGGUUCAAAAAAAAACAUUCACAUAGAGGCUUUCACAAGGACAUAUAUCUUCAUUUCUCUGGGAUAAAUAUGGGGGAGGCCAGUUGGUCAGGUGGUGGUUUUUCCACAGUGGUAGAACCAUUUUGCAUUCUCAUGAGUGGUGUAUCAGUUUCUGUAGCUGUGUACUCACCAGCAUUUGGAAUUGUCAGUUUUGUUUUUGUUUUUCUUUUCCCUUUUGCAGUACUGGAGAUCCAACCCAGGGCCUUGUGUAUCCUGGGAAGAUGGUCUACUACUGACCUAUAACCCCAGCACUUUUCAAUUCUUUUUAUUUUGAGACAGGGUCUUGUUGAGUUUCCAGGGCUGACCUCCAAUUUGCAAUCUUUCUGCUUCAGCCUCCUAAGUAGCUAGGAUUACAAGCUUGUACCGCUAUACAUGGCAUUGUCAGAUUUUUAUAUGAGCCAUUUUCAUAGGUAUUUGGUGGUAUCUAAUCAUGGUUUUAAUUUUCAUACCCCUGGUGAGUAAUUUUGAACAUCUUUUCAUGUUGUGCCAUUUCAAGAUACAUCUAUGUACCACUUAAAAGCCAAUGAGUUUAUUCAAGGGCCAGUACCCUAAGAAGACAUGUGGGGAAGAGCUGUCAUCUCCAAGAGGAAUACUAUCUUGGGGAACUCAGAUACAGGAAAGGGCUCCUAUAGAGAGGGAAGGAGGUAAUGUGAGAAGGUGGACAGAAAGGCUAUGUGCUGAGUAGGGGUCUUUGUCAUGCAGGGCGUGGGUCUUUUUCUCAGGCCAGAACUUUGCAAUGGACCUCAAUCUUCUAUGGCUAUUUCCUACAAUUCUUUAGACAAAUGUUACCUUGCUACAAGUUAAACUUCAUCUUAUGUUUUCUGAUAUAAUUUGAUCUUUAUGAGAUGGUCUGGGUUCCUUAAAUCUAAAAUCAUUCAGCCGUUAACAUCUUAAUCAUUUAGGUGCAACUUUUCUUUAGAAUUUAGAAUGCUAAGCAAAGGGGAAGAAAGUAACUGCAAAGGACAACUCACAAAGAAGCAACCACUCUUGGAAUGUGUUUGUCAUCUUUAUAUCUUCUUUGGUGAGCAUCUUUUGAAGAGCAGGAGGUUUUUGGAUGAAGUCUACUUCAUCUGUUUUUAAAUUGUCCUAAGUAGUCUUUACCUACCUAACCCAAAGUCACAAGUAUUUUCUCUUAGAAAUUUUAUAGAUUAGGUUUUACCUUUAGGUCUGUGACCCAUUGUGAGAUAAUUUUUCAUAUGAGGUGCAAGAGCUGGGUUGGGGUUCUUUUCUCCCCCCAUAUGAUGUCUAGUGAUCUGCAUUUUGAUAAAGCAGGGAGGAAGGCCAUGUGCAAAGCAGAUCAUGAUAGAGGGGUGCAUGCUGCCAGGGAAGGUUGAGCAAAGUCCCAGGAAGCCCUAAGAAGAGAGCUUUUAAUGUCGGGGAGGCAGUGUCUCCUAGGUUAGGCCUUAAAAGCUGACAGCAGAGAAAGCGGAGAAGGUAGUAAAGAGUGGGAUGGGGAAAGCAGAGGCAAGGCAGGUAACAAUGUGAGGCUAACUCAGUGGUGCCUUAAGAGCCAGAACCUUGAGUGUGUGGAGGGGCAGGGUUAGAGGUGAAAGUGGAAGAGCAGGGUGGUUUGGGCAGAGAGUAGUGCUUCAGGACCAUCAGUCUGCGGACCAGAAUGGAGAGUGGACAGAAGGCAGGGAACCAAGUGAGGCUGUAGGGUGCAGAGGGAUCAGGGAUGGGGUCUGUGCUCCACCAGUAGCUCUAGGGAUAGACUAAAGAAGAAUCAAGACAGUGUAGGGCUGAAGACUCUCGGCUGCCUCCUGGGUCUUUGUGCUUUGGCAGUUGAGUGUUUCUGUGCUAGGGGCAGAAGAAUUCUGAUAGGCUCAGGUAACUGUGGGAUAUCCAGGUUGAGAUGACCAGGAGGCAGCUGAGUGCAUGGGAGCAGUAUCUCAGUGGUGUUAAUUCAUCACCACUUCAUUCAUGAAGCUCCUCGGAUCCCCAGUUCCUGCACCCUUGGGUCAUGUCACUGUGCCUUUCAUGACAGGGCCUGUGGGUUUGUGACGGUAGACAGUAUGGCCCUGUGACUGGAACACAAGUCCUUGGAGAACUUGAGUUCUGUGACUCAGUAGGUGUGAGGCAAGUACCACAGAGAGUACCCGGGACUAGGGACAGGAAGCCUGCCUUCUAGCCAGCCUGCCUCUACUGACUGACUCUGUGCUGCUCUCCCCAGACACAUGACUGGUACCAUGAUGUCAUGGUAGAGGCAGCAAAGCCUCUACCAUGCUCUGCUGCUUUUUCAAGCAGACAAAUAAGAGUUUGGGCAGGAUCUCCAGGAAUGCCUGAGGCUAUUGACUGUCUCUCCCAAGAUGUCCUCAGCCCUUCAGCACAACUCUGUUAGGCAGCUUGGGUCUGGAGCCUACAGAACUGUCAGAAGAGGCAGCCCAACCUCUCUCAUCCCUGAGCCCACUCCUUCUGUGGAGCCAAGUCACUUCACAGAGUCUGGGCCUGAAAGCCAGUGUGGUGUUUAUUUGUUUUUUUGUUUGGUUUUUCUUUUUUUUUGGGGGGGGGCUGAUAUUUGACUUUUCUUUUCAAGGAGAGAAACUAAAAACUAGAAUAUAGAAGUUAUCCAGAAAGAAAAUAAGGUGGAGAAGACUAGAAAUCUGGGAGAAGGGAAACAAAGGAAAAAGAAGAUUCUGGAAUAAGUCAGGGUUAACCCACCCCUAAUUCCAGCUUCUGCCUGAUUCAGCCCUGAGCACCCCAACAUGCUCCACAGCUGCUGCUUCCGAAAGCCACCCCAGCAGCCACACCUUUCACGCCACCUACCCUUCUGUGUUGGACACCCCACACACACUGUCUCGCAGCCCAUCUGUUCCAGGCAUCUGCCAACAAUUUUGUAACUUCAUCAUGGGUUUAUCUUCAAACUCCAGAUGCUUAAUGCCUUUUUUGAAAUAUUAAAGUGCCCCAUUAGACUGGGAAGGAAUCACAAGCCCCACCCCCCACAGGCAGUUGGGCAAAACAGCUGAGCAUCUCCCACGGCCCACAUGGCCCCCUUCUCUGGAGAAAGGGAGUCGCAGUGCAGUUAUCCUCUUCAGAAGGCAGACACAUGGACUAUUUCCUAGCACCCCAGUCUCCUGCCAUGUCUGACCCCAUUACAUUGAAUGUUGGGGGGAAGCUGUACACAACCUCACUGGCAACCCUGACCAGCUUCCCUGACUCCAUGCUGGGUGCCAUGUUCAGUGGUAAGAUGCCUACCAAGAGGGACAGCCAGGGAAACUGCUUCAUUGACCGUGAUGGCAAAGUGUUCCGCUACAUCCUCAACUUCCUGCGGACCUCCCACCUGGACCUCCCUGAGGACUUCCAGGAGAUGGGCCUGCUUCGAAGAGAGGCUGACUUCUACCAGGUGCAGCCCCUGAUUGAGGCACUGCAGGAGAAGGAGGUAGAGCUCUCUAAGGCAGAGAAGAACGCCAUGCUCAACAUCACGCUGAAGCAGCGCGUACAGACAGUCCACUUCACUGUGCGUGAGGCACCGCAGAUCUACAGCCUGUCAUCCUCCAGCAUGGAGGUCUUCAAUGCCAACAUCUUCAGCACAUCUUGCCUCUUUCUCAAACUCCUUGGUUCCAAGCUCUUCUACUGCUCCAAUGGCAAUCUCUCCUCCAUCACCAGCUACUUGCAGGACCCCAACCACCUGACUCUGGACUGGGUGGCCAAUGUGGAGGGCCUGCCAGAGGAAGAGUACACCAAACAGAACCUCAAGAGGCUCUGGGUGGUGCCUGCCAACAAGCAGAUCAACAGCUUCCAGGUCUUUGUAGAGGAAGUGCUGAAAAUUGCUCUGAGUGAUGGCUUCUGCAUUGAUUCUUCUCACCCACAUGCUCUGGAUUUUAUGAACAAUAAGAUUAUUAGACUAAUACGAUACAGGUAAAAAAAAAACCCAGCCACAUUGGGGAGGGGAUUCCCAAGAAGCUCUAUGUCAUCCAGGACUUGGAGAGUCUCACCAGUGAUGUGAGGCAGGUACUAUACUAACCCGUAUUAAUUGCAUAGCAGGCCUUGAUUCCCCUUUGAUGAAUUCUGUCUUUUGGAAUCCACAUGUCCUCUAAACAGAACUACUUUUUUGUUGCCAUUUUGAACUAGAGAUGGGCAGUUUAUUAUGACAAAUGAAGAGGUAGCUGAUGUGUACAAGAGGAGUCCACAGGAGGACUUUGUAGCCAGGACAAGGAAGCAGCAGUUUUCUUGCAGGCUUCAUCUCUGUAUCACUAGCCAGUGCCUCAUUUACCCGUCUGUAAAAAGACCUCCUGGCAACAGAGGAAAUGGGAUGAGAGUAGAGGUUCCCUUCAGUUUCUGGGGACAUAAAGUGCCCAGCAGAUCCCUUCACACUUGCUCUUCCCUCUCCAGGAUGUGACUUGGACCUUGGACUUAUUUGCCCAGGGGUGACUAUAUUUAGCUGGCUUAGAGUGCAGUGCAUUCCCAGAGCUCUUUAGUGGCCCCCUUUCAGGGAAAGAGUUGAGCCUAGAAGAGAGAGCAUCCAGGCAGGGUUUAGACAUUAGGGAUUUCUCUCUUGAUAGGGCCAAAUCUAGGGAUUUCUGGAUUUUAAAAUGGGCUGCUGUCCCUGCAAAGGUGUGAAAGUAUCUGGAGCCAGUGUGAUGAAAGGUUCUUCAGGGGCGGGGAUUUAGCUCAGUGGUUUUGCCACCUGCUGGCAAGUGCAAGGAUCUGAGUUCGAUCCCUGGUACCAAAAAAAAAAAGAAAAAGAAAGGCACUUCAUAAUCUAGCCUGUUACUUGACUUUUGCAAUCCUUUUCCUAAAAAUCUGAGGUAUUACCCAAACAGUUACUUUUAAACAAAUAUAGAUUCUCAGGGUUAGAAAAUAAUCCAGUGGUUGCUUAGCCAUCCCAGCCCCAGGAGACCCCAGCACAUUUGAGGAUGAGGACCUCUGCUUGAGUACCUCCAAGGGGAUCUCCUAUGCCUAUUUGCAGACCUCUGGUAACAAGUAGCUCACUGUCCCCACUGCCAUGGUUGGAUGGUGCUGACUGUUAGAAAGUUCUUCCUGUAUGAAGCAAAAAUUUGUCCUGCCAUUUCUAUAUGCUAGAUAUUGGUUUCGUACCUUCCUUAUCAUCCAAAUAUGUAUCUUUGCUUUCAAAAUAGUCACCUCGAGAGAUCAGGCACUUACUCUGAAAAUAUUAUGACUCAGAAUUUGGAUUCCCCUUUGGGAUCUGUAUUUGGAACCAAAGUUAGGUCCUUUCCAUACCCUGUAAGUCAGUCCCCUUUGGUUAUGGCGUUGCCUUAUUUGUGACCCCACCCCCACUUCAUCUACGUUCCACACCAGCCAUGGUUCAGCAUGCCUUUUGACGAUUUUCAGUUGAGAGAUGAAGAUUCACUGCCUGAAGAGAUCCAGAGGAAAGAGAGGGUCAUGGAAGGAAUUUUGCAGCAAGGAGCCUAUGUGUGGUGCCUGAACUAUCAUGCUGCCCUUGGAAUAAGUGUCCAGCCCUAAGACACUUCUCUCAAGAAGGUGGCCUUCUCUUGCAGUGUUUUGUCUGUCCUGACUAGUCCGUGGGACUCCUUGGGGUGUGAUGCAGAACAAGGAGUCCAAGCCACUAGUUCCCAGCAGGUGAUGAGCCUCACAGGCCUCCAAACUGCAUAUUAUGAUUCUGGAGUGAAUAUGGCUUCCCCCAGAGAGAGGCCCUCAGACAUACCAGGGAGCCUGAUGACACAGGCAUCCACAGAAGGUGGACCAAACAAGGAGCUCCCCACGGCGACAACCUGUGAGCAGGGAACCUAUAUUCUGGGCCAUGGGCAAGGCAAGGUCCUUCAAGCAAUAAAGGUCUUUCCCUCACUACAGUAGGACUCAGGAAUCUCUGUGACAGCUGUCCCAGGCCACCAGGUCAAUGGUAUUCUGGAAAUCCCCUCAAAGAGAAUCCAGUUCAGAGUAGGUAGCAGAAGUUGUGACCACAGCAAAAGAAUUAGAGGAAAAAAAUCUCGUCAGUCACCAUUGUCCUUUUUUCUCUCCAUAAAACUUCCCUUUCUCCCUCUCUUUGGUGCUUCCUAAUUCAAGCAGCUUGUCUUAGAGAAAGUACAGAACCUGUGAAGCCAUUAAUACGCUGUGUGACUUUAUGCAAGUCACUCACCUCAUUGAGCCACCUCUGUUUCUUCAUCUGUGAAAUGGGCAUAACAGUAAUACAUAACCCUACCUACCUCACAGGGCUGUUGUGAGGAUCAGAUGAAAUAAUGUAUGUGGAAUAAAUGAUAAACAAUUACUA